GAAAGCAAAGCCGAGGAGGUCAUCUUGGUUUACGACCUGGGUGGCGGCACGUGUGAUGUGUCGGUGUUGAAGACUGGCUCCAGCGGCGUGCUUCAGGUGUUGGCAACCAGUGGAGACCCUCGCCUAGGAGGGGAGGACUUUGACCGACGGUUGGUCACACAUUUGAUAGAUAUCUUCAAGAAGAAGUUCAGCAAGGACGUUUCUGUCGAACCACAGCUGCUGGAAAUGCUCCGGGUGGAAGCCGAGAAGGCCAAGCGAAAGCUCAGCACAGUGCCGCAGGCGACCGUCAAGGUUGACUUCGGCGACACGACGUUGGCCGAAACUCUGACGCGAGGACAGUUCGAGAAGCUCAACGACGAGCUCUUUAGAAGGACCCUGGAACCUGUGCAGUCGGUUCUGAAAGAUGCGGGACUGCACAAGUCCGAGGUGACCACCGUCAUCCUGGCGGGCGGGUCCUCGCGCAUCCCGAAGGUACAGCAGAUGCUGAGUCAGUUCUUUGAUGGCAAAGAGCUCAUGAGAAGGAUAAACCCGGAUGAAGUUGUCGCUUACGGCGCUGCAGUGACGGCCGCAGGCCUGAGUUCCGAAGAGAGUGUGGAGUACGGUGGCCUCAUCGAUGUCAUCCCGCUCUCGCUUGGCAUUCAGACAGCUGGCGGCUUCAUGACUACUGUGCUGAAUCGCAACGCGCAGUUGCCAGCCGAAAACUCGAUGCUCUUCUCGACCAACAAGGAUGGUCAGGAAAUGGCCAGCAUCAAAGUGUUCCAGGGCGAGAGACGGAUGGCCCGCAACAACCACUUCCUGGGAAGCUUCCAAAUCAAAGGCAUCUCCGCAGCCCCAAGAGGAGUGCCGCAGAUCCAGGUCCUUUUCAAGGUGGACGAAAAUGGCUUGCUUACUGUGGAAGCGAACAGCAAAGAUUCGGGCAAACGCAGCGAGCUCGUCAUCAAGCAGGAGCGUUUCCUUAGCGGAGAACAAAUUGAGGAGUCGCUCUCAGAGGCGGAAUCCUUCGCCAAGGAUGAUCAGAGAGAGUUUGAUCGCGCAGAGGCACGCAUGGCAUUGAAAGCCCUGGUUCGAUCUCUGCAUUCAGCUGCAGAAUCGGCAUCGGAAGAGGACGCAGGCAUUUUUCAGGAAGCAGCUUCCGAGGGUCAGGACUGGCUGGCUGCAAACCCCGAUGCUGAAGCUGAAGAAAUACAUGAGAAGCGGGAGGAACUGGAAGCCAAUGUGCCGGACCUGCCCACGAAGCCGACUUCAGCUGGCAGUCAUGAGGGCGGCGGUGAGCUCGACAUGGAGGGUCACGACGAGCUCUGA